AUGGCCAUGAACAGAGAUCAUGUUACCGACAGGCGGUCGGGGCACCUUCGCCUGCGAGUCUGGUACUUUAGUGACGCGGGAAAAGAGUUCUCCGUGAACGAAGCUCUCGCUGGUGCCUGCGAGUCGGUUGCACCUAAAGGCUGGCGUGUAACGCCGGCGAGUGUCCGGCACACAAGCCAAGGUUGCGGGGAUUUAUUCGUCCCAGUCGAGGUUGAUCUACACUUUGAGUGGUCGGAAGCUUCACCCUGCCCGACAGCACCGGAUGUGCUAAUGCGUCUGUUCUUCAACGAGAGUCUGCAAGUCAUCGAGAACUUCUUCCAGGAGAGACAAAAGCAGCCGCAACAUGUCACCAUCCACGCACAGGGUCGGGAUAUCUGGCCCGACGAGAAUCAAGCAUACAGUCGUGUCCAAGUCUUGAACUCCCUAGCCCUGCAAUUUGACAUGGUCUCUUCACCCGUUCCUCCAAAACCCAAUAUUCGUCGGCUAUUUCUCAAAAUCAUACAAUGUGCCGCACGAGGCGUUUCCAGGGCCUGUGCCAUCUCCAGAGGUGUCCGCAGCAUUGUGGAGUUGGUUCAAGAAGGGAGGAGAAGUUUACCAGACGCGAUGCCGGAUAUACUUGGACAAUUUUCGGAAGAUAUACCACCACUUCCUGCUGCACAGGAGGCCGUGGUCAGCAAGACUGAGGCGAAAAUCCAGGCGACGUGGGACGAGGUCUUUUCAUCGAUGGGGUGCAUUGACGACAUGGUCAACGAUAUAAGGAGAUACACCCACCGCCUGAAGAAUAAUCGCGACGCCAGCGUAGCCAUCGAGUUCGGCAACGCGUUGCAAGGCCUUCACAAUGCCAUUGCCGCCAUGGUAUGCCGGCAGGUGCUGGGGAUCAAGUCGCUGACGGAAUGGGAUUGGGAUAACCUCAAGGAUCAUUUCCGAGCGCUCGGCGUUGAUACCGCCACGCUGAAGCCUGAGCAAUACGCCACACAACUUGCCACCCAAGCGAUGGAAAGGCUAGAAGUCACCCACACAAAGCUGGGGGAGGUGCGCAAUCAGGCCACUGAGCUCGCCAACGUAACCGCGGUACAGACAGCGACCUCAGUGACGCCUUCAACGUAG